AUGUCAACUUUAUCCUCGCGCGUGGGCCUUCGUGCCUCCACCACCACCCUCGCUUCCUUCCGAAAACACGCAAAACAAUCAGUAGUCAACCCACACAGUAGCAAUUUUAACAGCAGAAGAAAGUCUUUACUCGUCUCGAACGGCGCGACGAUUUCCUUCGUCCGAGACUCCGUGGAAACAUCCGUCCCGGACGUGAAACUCACAAAGUCGAGAGACGGAACGUCCGGGACGGCGUUUUUCACGUUCGAAAACCCGGACGUGUUCGAAAGCGCGACAGGGGACAUCACGGGGAUGUACUUGUCCGACGAGGAAGGCGAGAUGACCACGGUGGACGUGAACGCGAAAUUCGUAAACGGGAAACCGAAAUGCAUAGAAGCGAGAUACAUCAUGCGUUCCUCCCAAGAGUGGGAAAGAUUCAUGCGAUUCAUGACGCGAUACGCGGAAGAUAACGGAUUAGGAUUUAACAAGACGUCGUAA